AUGAAACUGACUUGGCUGACAACCACACCAGUCUGGACUGAUCAGUGGCCGCUGCCAACAGACAAGCUCGCACACCUGGAACAAUUAGUACAAGAACAAGUGGAUGUAGGACAUUUAGUACCUUCCACUAGCCCUUGGAACACUCCUGUGUUCACCGUGCAAAAGAAAUCUGGAAAGUGGCGACUGUUACAAGACCUGAGAGCAGUAAACGCAGUGAUGCAAGAUAUGGGAGCCUUACAACCGGGAUUGCCAACCCCCUCAAUGCUUCCGAAAAAUUGGGACAUUGUGGUCCUAGAUCUCAAGGACUGUUUUUUCACUAUCCCCCUACAUUCAGACGACUCUGAGAAAUUUGCAUUUACUGUUCCAUCUACCAAUAGAGCUGCACCUGCAAGAAGAUACCAGUGGGUUGUUCUCCCGCAAGGUAUGAAAAACUCUCCAACCAUUUGCUGAUGGUACGUUGAUUUGGCUUUAACACCUUUCCAGAAGAAGUACUCUCACAUGAUAAUAUAUCAUUACAUGGACGAUCUGCUUCUUUGCAACCAAGAGCCUAUUGACAAUAGCAUCAUUACUGAACUGACUCAGCAGUUAACCACAUGGGGACUGGUUAUUGCCCCUGAGAAAGUUCAACAUAACCCACCAUGGAAGUACCUUGGAAUGGUACUCACAGAAACUGUCAUCCGUCCACAAAAACUCGCUCUACAAACAGAAAUCAAGAUGCUGAAUGAUGUGCAAAAGCUGGUAGGCAACAUCCAGUGGGUUUGA